AUUAACAUAGUCCUAUUCAUAUUCACCCUAUCACUAGCCCUAAGCAUCCUCCUAACUACACUAAACUUCUGAUUAGCCCAAAUAAACCCAGACUCAGAGAAACUAUCCCCAUACGAAUGCGGCUUUGACCCCCUAGGAUCCGCUCGCCUCCCAUUUUCAAUCCGCUUUUUCCUAGUAGCCAUCCUAUUCCUCCUAUUCGACCUAGAAAUCGCCCUACUCCUUCCACUGCCAUGAGCCACCCAAUUACAAUCCCCCACUACCACCCUAAUUUGGGCCUCCUCACUCAUCUUCCUCCUUACGCUAGGACUAGUAUACGAAUGACUUCAAGGGGGUUUAGAGUGAGCAGAAUAA